UUUGGGAGCAGGAAGUGACCUUGGGGUUGUGAUUUUGGUCUUGUUGCUGAAUCCAGUUUGGAGUUUCCAGACUGAAGUGAACCUUGUGAGCUGCACGCAGGAAAAUCCCUGAAGGAGGAAGAACAGGUCAGCUGCCUCCUCCUCCUCCUCCUCAUCAUCAUCAUCGUCGUCGUCAGCGCUGAGCCAUGGCAGGAGCCCUGCGGAUGACUGAAGCCCAGUUCAUCACCUACGAGCACGAACUGCAGCAGUUCAUGCCGUACGACUAUAUUCCAGUGGACAUAAAGACAGAGCCCUUCAUGCCUGAGACAGCUCACGGCCCGUACAUUCAGAUCAUCGAAGAGCCCAAACAGAGGGGAUUUCGUUUCCGUUACGAGUGCGAGGGUCCAUCACACGGCGGGCUCCCGGGGGCCUCCAGCGAGAAGAACAAGAGAACGUACCCCACAGUGAGGAUCAAUAACUAUGUGGGUCUGGCCCGAGUCGAAGUCCAGCUGGUAACGCACACCGACCCUCCUCGCGUCCACGCCCACAGUCUGGUUGGACGCCACUGCAUCGAAAACGGCACCUGCACCAUCGACAUCGGCCCCAACGACCUCACUGCCUCGUUCAGUAACCUGGGGAUCCUCCAUGUGACCAAGAAGGGUGUGGUUGAAGUUCUGACCCGGAGGCUGAGAGAAGAGAAGAAGCGGCUCAAAGGAGCGCACUGUCACCUGACAGAUGUCGAGGAGUCAGCCAUCGUGAAGGAGGCCAAGGAGCUGGGGAAGACGAUGGACCUGAACAUCGUCAGGUUAAAGUUCACCGCCUACCUGCAGGACAGCACCGGCGCCUUCACCAGAGCACUGAAGCCCGUCGUCUCCAACCCCAUCUACGACAGCAAGUCUCCGAACGCCUCCAACCUGAAGAUCUCCCGCAUGGAUAAGACGUGCGGCUCGGUGCUCGGAGGAGACGAGAUCUUCUUGCUCUGCGACAAAGUCCAGAAAGAUGACAUCGAGAUCCGGUUUUACGAGGAGGAUGAGGAUGGAUGCUGGGAGGCGUUUGGGGACUUCUCACCUACGGACGUCCACAAACAGUACGCCAUCGUGUUCAAAACGCCGGCCUAUCACAGCACAGAGAUCGAGCGGCCCGUCACCGUCUUCCUGCAGCUGAGGAGGAAGAAGGCGGGCGACAGCAGCGACCCCAAACAGUUCACCUACAUCCCUCAAGUCCAAGACAAAGAGGAGGUGCUGAGGAAGAAGCAGAAGCCGCUGCCUCACUACGAGCACUGGAGAGGAGGAAGAGGAGGAGGAGGAGCCGGGGGAUUUGGUGGAUCAGGAGGAGGAGGAUUUCAGUUCCACCAGGAGAUGAACGGAGCAGGGGGAGGAGCAGGAACGGGAGGCUUUUUUAAUGUCUCUUUCCCUGGCUUCGGUAAUGGGGGAGGGGCUCAGAUGUCAGGCUCCGCCCCUCGGUCAGGUGCUGCCCAGCAGCAGCAGCAGAGCGACAGACAGUCGGGAGGACAGAGCGACUCGCCGCUCCGUCAGCAGCUGCUUCAGAUCGCCGCCGCCCUCAACAGCAGAGUCUCUCAGAGCGCCCGGCAGACCGCCGCUGCCCUGCUGCAGUACUGCAGCACCGGAGACGCUCGCGUCCUCCUCGCCAUCCAGAGACACCUGUGUGGCAUCCAAGAUGGAAACGGAGACACACCUUUACACCUGGCCAUCAUCCAUCAUCAGACAGGUGUGAUCCAGCAGCUGAUCCACACUCUGCUCAGCAGCCAGCAGCAAGGCAUCAUCAACACAGCCAACCACCUCCAGCAGACUCCCCUGCACCUGGCGGUGAUCACACGGCAGGUGAAGGUGGUGGAGGUGCUGCUGAAGGCGGGGGCCGACCCCAGCCUGGUGGACAAAGAUGGGCGCACCCCCCUCCACCUCGCGGCGCUGGCUGGGGACCACAACAUUCUUCGCUUCCUGCUGGCUCACCUGGGAGAAUGCCACGCCCACCUGGUCAACAUGCCCGAUUUCCAUGGUCUCCACCCACUCCACCUGGCUGUGAGGAGGGACGGCGAGCGCUGCCUGCGUCUGCUAGUGGAGGGCGGAGCCAAAAUAAACGAGCCUGAGCAGAAGAGCGGGAACACCGCCCUCCACCUGGCCGUCAGAGAAAACCUGUUCAAGGUGGCCUGCCUACUCAUCACCGAGCUCCGAGCUGACGUUAACGCCUGCACAUUUGGAGGAAACACGCCGCUCCACCUGGCCGCCAGCCUCGGCUCGCCGACCUUCUGCUCCAUGCUCAUCGCUGCAGGUGCUGAUAAGUCCAUUGAGAACGAUGAGCCGCUCUUCUUCAGCUCCUCGUCCUCAGAUGAUGAAGAUGAACCAAUCAGAGAAGAAGAGAAAGAGCGAGAGGUCGCCCCAAAGACAUCCAACCCCCGCAAGAGACCUGCGGGAGGCCACACCCCCCUGGACCUGGCUAAAUGCCAAAAGGUCAGGAAAGUGUUGUCGCCCUCUAAGAGUCCGAAGUCGGAUCGCCGCGGCAGCGGGAACAUCAGACCGACAACCAGCAGCACUGAAGAGGCCGAGCGCGUGGGGCUCGACGAGGACACGCUGUCACGGCUCGUGGACGUGCUGAGCGUCGGCGACGUCCCCUGGAAGAAACUGGCGGAGAAGCUGGGCAUGAUGACGCUGACUCACCUGUACCAGGACAGUCCCAUGCCCUGCCGCCAGCUGCUGCACCACUACAAGCUGGGUGGAGGUGCAGUCGAAGGCCUGGUUGAAGCUCUGCACUCUCUGGGUCUGACAGAAGGAGUCCGACUGCUGAGGAACGCCGAGCUCCGAGACGACAAACACAACACAGACGUCACGGUCGACAGCGGCUUCGGCAGCCAACCAAUGGAGGACGUGGAGCCGCCCGCGGGCGUGCAGUGACGAGUGCGUCACGAGUGCCAUCCUUCUGCGAUCCAUCAGAAACCUGCAGCGGGUUUCAGAGAUCGGACUGUAAACGUUUGCUUCCCGUAGGAUCGAGACGAACAUUUGAAAUCCAGCUCAGCGAAUCAAGAUAAAGUUCAUUUUUUAUAAAAGAAACACAGAAGAUGGACGAAUCGACGCUGAAACUGUACCAUAGAUCCCAGAGCGUGCUCUUUUUGUUAACUUAUGUUUCAUUUUCCUGUAAUAAUUUUACUUUAUUAAAGAGUAUGUGUGUUGUGUCAAUAACCUGUUUGAAAAGUUGGGUGGAUGAAAUGAUCAAUAAAUCUGUUGUUUCACUUUCA